AUGUCGAUCGAAACGCCAAUGCCGAGGGCUAAAAAAGGUGAUCCACGAAAGUUGGAAUUACCAGAAAAGGACGAAGAAGAAAAUGAAACCCCAUCAGUGAGUGCUCAAAAAGUGAAGAAAAAAGCCAAAGAAGAAAGGAAAGAAGCAAUGGCAGCAAUAAAGGUGAUGAACAGCCGAAUGGAUUCCGUGCGAAACAAAUUGAUGAGAGUGCGAUCGAGUUUGGAAUCUAGCCAAGACGUUCCAAACCCAAAUCUGAAGUGUAAACAGUUCUUACAGCUUCAGCUAAAAACCAUCGAGAGUGCCUUUGCGGAAUACGACCAGCUUCAACAGAGAGUUUUUGAAGCGGACGUUGGAGACGAGGUACGAGAGGAGGCUGAGGAAGCAUAUGUUAGGUUUGAGCAGCAAUACGGUGAGUUAUUCAUCUAUAUUUCUAAAUUGAUCGAUGAUAACAUUAAGAUGGAGGAAGAUGCUGCUCGCACCAUCCAGCCGCUACAAAGUAUGCAGAAUAGGACGUCCGAAUUUGCGCUACACCUACCACCGUUGAAGGUUCCGUUACCCACGUUUGAUGGGACGUAUGAGAAUUGGUUCGCCUUUCGAUCUAUGUUCGAGACGAUUAUGCAGCGGUACAGUUCUGAAGCUCCCGGUAUUAAGCUUUACCAUCUCCGAAACUCGUUAGUGGGCAAAGCCGCAGGUAUUAUUGACCAAGAAAUCAUAAACAAUAAUGAUUACAAUGCUGCGUGGAAGAUGUUGAUUGAGCGAUACGAAGACAAAAGGCUCAUUAUUGAUAAACAUAUUGAUGCUCUUUUCAACCUUCCAAAACUACUGAGCGAAAAUGCGUCCGAUCUCCGAAAACUUAUUGACACAUGCACGAAAAAUGUUGAAGCUUUAAAGAACCUUGGUCUUCCUGUAGAAGGAUUAGGGGAGUGCAUGAUGAUCAAUCGUCUUGUUUCCAAAUUAGACACCGAAACUCGCAAAGCCUGGGAAUUGAAUCACGUAGACGAUGACUUACCAGGAUAUGACGACACGCUUGAGUUUCUACGAGAAAGAUGUAAGGUAUUGGAAAAGAUUCAACCUGCAGUGAAGCAAAUACCGAAAAACCAAAAACCAGUACGCAACGUAGAAGAAGCGAAGGGAAAGACGAGUACCUUAUUCACUGUUACCGAUAAGUGUCCGCAAUGUUCUAAUAAUCAUGAGCUGUGGAGAUGUGAUACGUUCAAGAACGUAAACUUAUCCAACAAGUACAAUCCCCUGCGACGCAUUGGUGCCUGCUUCAAUUGUCUCCAGAAAGGACAUAGACUAAGCAACUGCACGUCGAAACAUACGUGCAAAAAGUGUCGGAAACCUCAUCACACAAUUCUCCAUCCUGAUGAUAGUGCGAAAGAGUCUGAAAAGUCGUCACCGUCCGCAAAGAAGGCAGAGCAAACGAAAACUUUUGAGCAGUCAUCAACGAGCGGUUCGACUGUAGCUACAACAGAUGUAGAGCAACAAUCUAAUUUCUGCGCGCAACCAAAAAACUUGGGAAAGCAGAUACUCCUUUCUACAGCAGUCGUUCUUCUCCACGGGAAGGGCGGUCAACAGUAUCCCUGUCGAGUACUACUGGACUCUGGGUCGCAUACGAGCUUUGUGACCGAGCAGUUCGCGACUCUUUUAGCGCUAAAGAAGCAUCCAACAAAUGUGCACAUCAGCUGUUUGAACGAUACUCAGACCAAAGUUCGUCUCAAGAUCCAUACCCAAGUGACGUCUCGUGUCAACGACUACACGGUUUGCUUGGAACUGCUUGUGGUUCCCAAAAUCACGGGAGUUCUGCCAAGUAGUAAGGUGGAUAUUAGUACCUUGUCUCUCCCAAGCGAAAUCGAACUCGCAGAUCCAAGAUUCCAUGUCCCCGACAAGAUCAACAUGUUGUUGGGAGCAGAUGUAUUUUUUGAUAUGCUGAUGAUAGGUCGACUUCAACUACCAAGAAGUGGUGCUUUACUACAAGAAACUCAGUUUGGAUGGGUUUUGAGUGGACCAGUUCCGAACGAAGAUUCUCGAGUCGUUCAUUCCUUCUCCGCUACUGCCUCCGAAGAAAGCGUGGAUACAUUAGUGAGAAAGUUUUGGGAAAUUGAAUCGUUCGGCGAUAUCGAAGGAUUAAAUUCUACUAUUGAAGAAGAAUGCGUGCAACAUUUCGAAAGAACGCAUCAGUGA